UACUUCAAAUUAAAAUAAGGAAAUAGUUAAUUUCAUCUAAAAAAACAACUACACUGCCCUAAGUUUUGCGUUAUUGAGUCCAAAAGUAACAAUUCUCUAACGAUCUCGCCAGUAUAUGAAACUUGUCGUCUCAACUUCAAGAAAACAUACUAUCUCUUCGCUCUUGAUCGUCUCGUAAUUGUUUUGAUCUGAUGGAUGACGAAUAUAUGAGCUUCGAGGAGGAGGAAGACGAUUAUUGUUGCUCCUCCGAUGAUCAUGAUGAUGAGGAGUAUAACAACGCGGAAGAAUCCGUUUUGCAACAACCAAGAGAACCUACGAGCCAGGUGAUCACGAAGGAAGCACUUGUAGCAGCGCAGAAGGAAGUUAUGGUUAGGGUUAUGGAAUUGUUAUCGGUUAAGGAGAACCAAGCGAGGACUCUUCUUAUUCAUUAUCAAUGGAACGUUGAUAAGUUGUUUUCUGUGUAUAUUGAUCAAGGCAAAGAUCUUUUGUUUUCUUGUGCUGUCGAAGAGGAAGAAGAAGAAGAAGAAGGAGAAGACGAGGAAGAGGAAGAAGAAGGAGAAGAAGGGGGAGGAGGAGACGAGGAAGAGGAAGAAGGCAAAAAAAACGAUGAAGUGCAACUAGUUAGCCCGGAGUUAGCUGAGAAGUUUGAUCGUUUCCUCGUUGAGUCAUACGUAGAAGAUAACAAUAUGGUGAAGUGGUGUCCAAGCACACCACAUUGCGGGAAUGCGAUACGAAAAAUCAAAGAUGAUAGCGAUGACGAGGUGGAAUGUUCAUGUGGACUUCAGUUCUGUUUCAGUUGUCUGAGUGAGUCUCACUCUCCUUGCUCUUGUUUGAUGUGGAAGCUAUGGAAAAAGAAGUGUGUAGACGAGUCUGAGACGGUUAAUUGGAUGACCGUUAACACGAAGCUGUGUCCCAAAUGUAGCAAACCUAUUCAAAAGAGAGACGGUUGCAAUCACAUGACUUGUAAGUGUGGUCAGUUUUUUUGCUGGCUGUGUGGUCAAGCUACUGGAGCAGAACAUAGUUUUAGGAGUAUCGCUGGUCAUAGUUGUGGUCGGUACAAAGAUGAAAAAGUGAGGCAAAUGGAGAGAGCCAAAAGGGAUUUAGACAGGUACACACAUUACCAUUACCGAUACAAAGUGCACACCGAUUCAUUAAAGCUAGAGGAUAAACUUAGGAAGAGUAUCCUGAAGAAGGCACUGUUAAAUUCUGAAACCAAGGAUCAAGAAGAGUUUAAAGAAUACAGUUGGGUUACAGAUGCAGUCAACCGGUUAUUCAGAUCACGACGGAUUCUUUCGUAUUCGUAUCCUUUCGCGUUCUACAUGUUUGGCGAAGAGUUGUUCAAAGAUGAGAUGAGCGAUGAAGAGAGAGAUAUAAAGAAGAAUCUGUUUGAAGAUCAGCAGCAACAACUUGAAGGUAAUAUUGAGAAACUUUCCAAGAUUUUAGAAGAGCCUUUUGAUGAGUAUGGUCAUGAGGAAGUAAUAAUUAUGAAGAGUCAACUAAUCAAGAUGUGUGCUAUGGUUGAUACACUAUGCAAGAAAAUGUAUGAGUGCAUUGAAAAUGACUUAUUAGGUCCACUCGAAUCUGGAAUCCACAACAUUGCACCUUACAGAUCAAUGGGAAUAGAACAAGCUGCUAAAUUUUCUGCUUCUUCGGCUUGUAGUUCAAGCGGAUCUUCGUCGAAUUAAUUUUACUAGUUUUACUAGUUUUUUUUGUUUCAUAAACAGAUGAUGCAGUAGAAAACUAAUUUGGCUCUUUUCCUUCUUAAUGCGAU